GUCUCUGUCGCGUUCCGCCAUCGGCACAACUGCAAACACGGAUGGAUCCGUUAGAUUUUCGCGUUUAAUCCCGCACACGAGACGGUCGCGAGAAGAACUGCACUUUGCGUGUUUCGCAAAACGACAAAAAAAUCCUCUCGUGCAUACGGCGGUUUUUUCAAUCGACGAUUUUUAUUUAUUUUUCCGAUCCGAGCGGUUUGAUGCCUGCUCGUCAUCACUGCAGCAGCACCCAUGAAUAUACUGACGGUUUUCUUUUGUUACAUCACCGUGACCUGCGACACCGAUUUGGGGCCGCAGAGCCCGGCGCCCGCUGUAAACGCUCCGAACUCAAAAAAAGACGCCACGCAGCCGACCACGGGCACUGACAACCGGAUAUCCGUCAGGCAGACCGCAACGUAUCCGACCCGGUACGAUUACAUGGACGUGGACGCCGUCAUGUCCAACGAGCGGAUGAUCAAAAUGCUGUUUAAUUGCGUCAUGGGCCGAGGACGAUGUACCAGAGAGGGUUUGGAACUCAAAAGUAAGUACAAGAGUAUUUAUUACGACGAUUGCCGCGAUGUUUUAAGAUUUUGUGAUUCCCCAUGUUAAUAUUCUGUUCGUUAUAACAACGAAUACCUACCCAUAAUGUAAACUGAACUAUACAGAAUGAAUAAGCCUGGCUCGGCAAUUUGUAGGCAUUUUGAUACUGCCUGUUACCCAGUAUCAUUAUAAUUAUUUUUCUGACUAAUAGUGGGACACUUUUUACAGUUUCAAAUAAUUAUGUGGCGAUGCCUUUUUGGAUUUAUAUAUAUAGAACUAUAAAAUGCUUAGCAAUUCAUUUUAAUUUUAUGUACCUAAUAUUCAUGUUCGAUGGUAAAGUUUAAUAACGUACACAUUCGUUUUUUGUGAAAGUAUAGGAGAAAAAGCUGGGGACUAUUUAAAAAUCUACGCUAUACACGGUUUUAAAAAUCGGGACAUUUUCCCCUGAUGUGGGACGUCUAGUCUAUCAAGUAUCACGCACGUGAUUUUGAUUAAUGCAUCACUCGUGUACGAUAUGUUAUCGGAUAGAUCAUCGGAAAUUAUUAUUAAUCAGUUAGCGUCACACUUCAGUUAUUUACGAAACUGUCAUCCACUGCAACGUAAAUUUUAUUUAAGUUAUCUUUUAAUCUUUGUAUGUGACGUUGGUAAAGAUAUCUAUUGACGGAUAUGUGAUCGAGAACGUGAUUCUAAUUUUUAUACUCGUUUUUCAAUUUUGUAGCUGACAGGCAAACCGAUGGCUAUAUAUGAACUGUGCAUAAGAGUACAUAUAUAUUUAAAAAAAACUAGUUUUUUCAAUUUAAUUAUUGUAAUUAUAUUCUGUUGCAGUAUACCUGAUGUUUAUCAUUUUUGUUAUACUAUUUAGAUACUCAAUUAAAUUUUACUGAAUAAUACUUAUACAUUGGUGCGCAAUAUCGUGUAAUUUUUUCUUGUGCCAUUCGGUUAAAAUCUUACAUAGUUUUAUUUAUAUCAUAUUUGUGUAUAUAUAUACAUUACGAAUAAGUACAGUUAAAAAAGACGUCCUAGGAUAAUGGAGACGGGUGUAGCCACUGUUAUAGGUAAUUUAAUGUAUACCUGUAAGCAACGAUAAACUGAUACUAAUAAAAAAACGAUUCUGAGAGCAGUUCAGUUGAUAGUGAUGCUUUUUCAACAAUAUUUAUGCCAUAUUAUGGUAAAAUAAUUAAAUAGGAAUAAUAUAUUUUCUUUAAAAAUAUUAUUUUAAUAUUGUACCGAUUUUCCCAUGUUUUUCCCGAUUUUUCACAUUUAUUGGGAAAACUUCUGCGAAAAUUGAAAAAUAACCUUCUUAAAGUAUUUCCCUAAUCAGAUUUUCUUUGAGAAAAAGUGCUAUUAUUUUAAAUUAUAGCGAAAUUGCUGGUGGAAAAGUUCUACAUAGAAAAAAAAAAGUCAUAAUAUUUUUUUACUAAUACUUUACGUAAAUUUUCCAUUUUUCCGACAAUUUAUUCCGGUUUUUCCCAAAUAUUAUAAAAAACGCUUGAAAAAUCAAUAAACAACUUCUUUAAAUUAUCAAGGAGAUAAUAUUUCCUUUUAGAAAAUAAGCUACACUUGAUACAUCGGAACACGAUUUAGAUAGAAAAUUUGUACAAUAAAUCGAGGGAUAUUUUUCGAUUAAGAUAGCCCGAGGGAACGAUGGCUCGGGUCUCUAGGUACAUCCAAAAUGCAUUUGAUUUUUCUUUGAUUAGGUAAAAGGGGAAAAAAAUGUAAACAAUUUUUAUUUUCGUCACAAUGAUUUGAACUCGGAAACCCCUUGGAUGAUAAUAGGUAUAAAUAACCAUUAGAUCACGACGAAUAAGCUUUAAGAAGGACAAUAUCGAGCUCUUUAACAUAACAUAUAAUAUCUGCAUAAUAUCAGAACUUUAAAAAGCUAUAAUUUCAAAACUUAGCCGGUCCGCUUAAUUCUGACUUCACCAUCGUUGUUAAAUAGACAAUAUACAUAUUUUCAAAACAAAAUAUCGAAAAAUUAGAUUUGUUUCACGUAAUUUUUUACUCAAACAAUUUUCGUCAAAACUUAGUAUCAAAAUUUCGUUAUAAAUACAAAUACUACAUUAAACUCAAGUUAUUUUUUUUUUAACACAAAGCAAGAUUUAAUAAACUUCUUGUUAAAUUUUCAAGCAGUUUUGUCAAGUCUAAUAAUUUCACCACACAGUACCUACCGAAUAAAAAUUUCUUACAAAACUCUUGAAAUUAAAAUGUCUAUAAAUAUCUCAAAAAAGGCUUAAAUUUUGAAAAUUUUACCACGUCUAGAAAAGGAAAAUCUAUAUUUUCUAUCCAAAUUUCAAGUCUCUACGAAUAUUUCUAACUGAAUUACAACAAAUAACAAAAUGAAUAAAAUAAUAAAAUCAUUCAUUUCGUACAUUUCCCGUUUUUCUUACGUUUUAUCCGGUUUUUUCCCAGAUAUUAUGAAAACCACUUGAAAAAUCAAAAAAUGAUCUCCUAAAAGUACCAUCUGGACAACAUUCCUUUUCAGAAAUGGUGCCACGCGUAUAUAUCUUAUGGUCAAAGUUUUGUACACAGGAUAAAAAAAAUAAAACAAAACAUCUUAGUAAAGCCAAAACAUACUUCACUACACUCAGAAUCUAUAAUCGAAAGGGGAAUAAAAUAAUAAUUGGACAUUUUUAAUUUUGGGAUAAUUAUUGGUAUAAUUAAGAAGAAGAUAAUACUUAUAAUCAGAUCUUUUCUUACAGAUAUACAUUAAAUUCCCCUCUAUAUCCUAAUUUUCCAACUUCUCAUCUACAACAAUGGUCCACCCAAGUAUAACUAUAAAUCUUCUACAUUUUUAUAUGUUAAUUAAUAAUUACAUACAAAUGUACUCUAGUUUAUUUGGUAUCUAAUUAAUUGUAAAUAACAUUUCACAACUAACUGUGAUUUACUUUAGUAUUUUUCUUUUUAGGACAACAUUCUUCUUUAUUAGAUAUUUUUCUCUGCGAAUCCAAGGCAAUACAUAAAAGUUUAUACUGGAGUUCUAACACAGUUUAUAAACAAACAUGAGUAGAUUUUAAUGCAUUUUUUUUUGGUAAUCACUAAAUUGUUUAUAGAGCUAAACGCACGUUCACACUCACUUGAUGAAAUUGCAAUUGUCUAAAUGGUGGUUAACAGGGGUUCAGAUCCAAUAUUAUUCAAUAUUAUUUUAACAAAAUAAAAGUUCCUUCCUCUCAUCCUAAUCAAAAUAAUUUGAAGGGCUACUCUCAAAAUAAGAAAAAAUUUUAAGAGGAGACCUUCUACGUCCUUCUACUAGUCAAGCACAAGUUUGUAACUUAUAAGUAUAUUCUUGAAUUUUAUUAUUCUUGCCCUCACGUCUAAUACCUUUUCUUCAUUUACUUUUUAUUUCAUCAUGUAUCUUCUUGUUUUGACUGUGUAUCUUUGGAUGUAUGUUUACAAUUAGCUCACCAAACUUUUAGACAUCUGAUUUUUCCUUUAAUAUUUCUAUAAAAGUAUAUUAAACUGUUAUUCUUACCUAUUUUAGAUUUUAAGUGUAGCGAAGAAUGUAUUGGUUUUUCUAAGAUUUUUUUUUUUUUAUACUUGUACAAAAAUUCAACCAUAAAUCUUGAUCAGAUAUAUUCGCACGGCAUCAUUUUGAAAGGUCCAGGUGGUAUUUUUAGAAUUUCCAAGCGGUUUUCAUAAUUUCUGGGAAAAACAAGGAUAAAACGUAAGAAUAACGAGCAAUUUACAAAAAUAAUGCUUUUAUUAUUUUUAAAUUUUGUUAUUUGUUAUUUGUUGUAAUUCGGUUAUAAAUAUUCGUAGAGACUUGAAAUUUGGAUAGAAAAUCUAGAUUUGCCUUUUCUAGACGUGGUAACAUUUUCAAACAAUGUAAGCAAUUCUUAAGAUAUUUAUAGACAUUUUAAUUCGGAAAUUUCAAUUUUACCAAACACUACGUGUGGUAAAAUUUUUAUACUUGACAAAAAUGCUUAAAACAGGAGGUUCAUUAAAAGUCAGACAUAAUGGUUAAAAAAAAAAAAAUUGAGUUUAAUGUAGUAUUUUUUUUAUAAAAUAAUUGUAUAAUCAAAUAUUGACGAAAAUAAAUUGUGGAAAAAAUUAUGUGGAAAAAAUGUAGUUUUUCAAAUAUUUUACUUUGAAGAUAUAUAUACGAAUAUUGCCGAUUUAAGAACGACGGUGAAGUCAAAAUUGAGCAGACUGACUAAGUUUCGAAAUUUGAAGUUCUGAUAUUAUGCGGAAAUUAUAUGAUAUGUUAAAUAACUCUAUAUUGUCUACAAUAACGUAUGUCUAUCGUAGUCUAAUGGUACUUCAAGCCCAUUGGUGUCCUAGGUAUCGCACCCGUGAAUUGGAAAAUAUUUUUUACAUUAUUUAUUAUUUCGUUUUUACUUAAACAGGAGAAAAACAAUUGCAUUUUAAGUGUAGAGACCCCGCUAUUGCUUUUUCGGACUAUUUUAAUCGAAAAUACCUCUCGAUUUGUUGUGCAAACUUCUACCAGAAAUCUUGUUCCGAUGUAUCAAGUAUAGCAUUUUUUCUGAAAUGAAAUUAUAUCUACGUGGUUCCUUAAGGAGUUCAAUUUUCGAUAUUUCCAAUAAAUAAGAAAAACGGAAAAAUGUACGAAAUAUAUUAGUAAAAUAUUAUGAUUUUUUUUUAUGGACAAGUUUUCUACCAGCACUUAUGCUCCGAUUCAAAAUUAUAAUUUUUUCUGAAAGGAAAUCUAACUGAAAAAGUACUUUAGAGAGGUAAUUUUUCGAUUUUCUAAGGAGUUUUCUCAUCAAUUGUGAAAAACCGGGAAAAACAUGGGAAAAACGGGAAAAUCGCUACAAUAUUGAACAAAUAAUAUAUAAUGCCUAUUUGAUUAUUUUAUCAUAAUAUGAUAUAUAUAUUGUUGACAAAGUAUCACUAUCAACUGAACUGUGCUCAGAAUCGUUUUUUCUUUAGUUAUGGUUUAUCGUUGCUUACAGGUAUACAUUAAAUUCCCGUCUAUAUCCUACCUUUCCAACUUCCUACCUACAACAGUGAUUGCACCCACGUGCGAAGUAUGUCAGUAUUUUUUUCUUUUAUAACCACUACUCAUUUUUUUUAAGAAUUAUUCAUCAGUACAUUAUAAGACUUGUAGUAAACAAUUAUUAUUGUUGAAUAUAUCAGUAGUUAUAUCACUAUUUGUUUAUAUUAUAUACAUGUAUAUUUUUUUUAUGUUAAAUGCGUAGGUGUUUGAUAAUUGGAAUAUUAUUAUAGUACUUAAAUUUCAACCUAAGAUACGUGAAGGUUUGAAUGUGCACACUUUUACUUAAUCUAAUUUCAUUGAAAUACGAUGAAGGUCAGUCGGCAAACUAUUAUUAAGAUAUAAUAUUUUUGUAAAUUUUCUAAAGAAUACGAAAACGGUUUAACAUAUCUAGGAUUUCGUAAAUUAAGUUUAAAUUUUUAUUUAUAAAAUCAUGGUUUUUUCGAUUAUCGAUAUUCGAUUAAAGUACAAAAAAUAAAAUUUCAGAAAGUGGAAAAUUUUAAAAAAAUGUGUCAAUUAAAGUAUUAUCAGUCUAUGAGGUUUAUAUGGAAAAAUCUGAGCAUUUUUGUAUCUUAAAGUUUUUUCUGAGAAAAACAUUGUACUGCUUAUUCUUUUCAUAUUGUUGUACAAAACUAUUAAAGAGGGCGCAGUAACCAACAUUCUAUGUUUUAUGUAUGGUUUCAAGACGUGCGAUACUAAUUUUGUGAAAUUUCCAANAAAAAAAAAAAAAAAAUACGGCACUUCAAAUUAUGUAUUACCGAAUUCUGCUUGGAAUCGUCUUUCGUUAAGCAAUGGUUUAUCGUUGCUUACAGAUAUAAAUAAAAUAACCUUAUGUAUCCUACCUUUCCAACUUCUCACCUACAACAUUGGUUGCUCCCAUCCCCAAUAUCAGUUCUUUUUUAGAUACUUGUUGUAUCAUACAUACAUUGGUACUCAAAAGCGACCAUUUCAAAAAUCUAGGACGCUACGCGGUAGACUAAAUUAUAUAUAUUAUUUAUAACUACUUAUUGCACAGUAUUUACCAGGUUUUUAAUAAUGAAAAAUAAUUAAAAAUAAAACCAACAUUGUUUACGGGUACGUUUAGUCCCGUUUCUAGGAGUAUGUCUCCUUUCGUUUCUCUCUAAAUGUAGACGCAUACCAAUAAGCGUUCUACAACAAAUAUAGGCGGUAUGUAUGAUUACUUAUGUAACUUUAAUAAAUAAAAAUACAUUUAAAAAAUAAAUGUGUACUAAAAAUCUCGUAAAAUUAACCUCUUCAUAAACGUGUACGUGUAAAUUUUAUAAAAAUUCACGAAUAUGAUAACAUGUAACUGAACAGUAUUAUGCAUAUUUCCACAAGUGAAGUAUAGGUUGUACUAGUGUACCUACCUACAACUUGACAUUAUUAUUGCUACACGCUCACAGUACUAUACAAUGACUGGUUAGGUUAAUCGUUAAGGUUAUUUAUGGACUAAUGAUUUUUUUAUAAUAUUGAACAAAAAAGAUGGCUACAAAAUACACAAUUAUUCAUGUUCACUAAUAUACCGAUUAUUGGCAGACAGCCAAAAGAAAAUAAAAGUAGUAAAGUAGUAAAUAUAAACAAAUACAAAACUUGAUAUAGUGAAGUGUUAAACAUAAUGUUGUGGAAAAUAAAUAUUUUUAUUAUUAAUGCCUUAGAGUUUUCCGUUUUUUUUUUUUACAUUUUUUCCGAUUUAUCUUAAUUCAUAUGAAAACAAUUCAAAAAAUAAAAAACUUUUUUUCUUACAAAUUAACUAGAUAAUAUUUUCUUUUAGAAAAGAUGCUACUUCUGUAAAUUUGAAUAAGAUUUAUGAUAAAAAAUAAUGUUCAUAGACAGAUGAAAAAAUCAAACAUCAAAGCAAAACCAAUACAUUUCUCGUCCCACUUUUAUUCAUUAAUUUGUAACUACAAAAUAAAUUAAAAUUGUCUAAUAUUUUUAUCUUAAAUUAUUAACCAUUUUCAUGGAGUCAAAAAAGCUUUAUGUGGAUAAAUAAAGUAAAAUAUAGUAAACAAAAUGUCUUUUUUUAUGAUUUUUAUUUAAAUUUCAACUUUUAACGUUCAUAUAGUAUUUUUAAUAAAAAAAUAAUUUUGUCUACAUAAAACCAAAUAAAAGCUCGAAAAUUUUAAAUGAUAAUAUAAAGCUCAAAAAUGGACAACAUUUUAUUACUUCUAGAAAGUAUUAAUGUAAGUACUAAGACGGAAAAUGUCAUGGUUUUAACGAGUGGUUUGAGUGAAAUCCUUUGAAUUUCAACCUUUUAAGGAUGGAAGACACUUGAUAUAUGGUUUUAUAAUUAAAAUUAGAUAUUGUUGUUUAUUUAUAAGUUACUUUGAUUACACAUCUGAAAAAAACCAGUUAUUAAUAUUUAUUUUGUCACUAGCAAGACAUAGAUUACGAUAGUACCUACUCAGGGAGACGGGGACUAUGAUUAUAGUAAAAAAUAUUUAAAAAAAUAAUGCAUCAUAGUAAAGCCAAUGAAUUUCCCUUAACGUACCCCUAUGCUUACGCCUUGAACUUCUUAACACUCAGAACAUACAAAUUUUUGAUGACAAUAAAUAUAAAAUAUACGUAUAAUUGAAUGAACAUCAUAAUAAUUGGCUUACUUUUAAUUUUUAAAAUGUUGUGUCAUAAUAAUGUUCCACUUGAUGUACAUUUUCGAUUUAAAAUAAAAAUACACAUAGGUAUGUAUCUAUAUAGGUUAUAAAUUUGAUAUAAGUCAAAUAACAAUAAUUGAUAUGUUUUAUUAUUUUAUUAUUAGUCGUCACGUAAAAAAUUCAAGGAGUACUAUGUAAGGUUAUACAUUUAUAAUGUAGGGCCGUAUGGUUCGUUCAUAAUACAAAACACCCGAGUGUUUAGUAGGGCACAACUAGAUUUACUUUUUAUAUUUUCUUAAUGCCCACGAUUAACCAUAUUCUUAAUGUAUCUAUGUUUUUUAUGAUUGUUGAUAUUUUAGUUCAUUGCCAGCGAGCUAUGCUCAGGGUGUUAUUGAUAUUAUGAACCUACACACAAAUAGGUGGGCAAGUGUAAUCAAAAUAAAAUCUCCAUAGUCUUUGUUCACAAACAAGUAUGAGCGAUUAUUACCUACAUCAAUAAAUUAAUUAAAAACGCUACUUAUAUUACAAAAUAAAAUAGAUUUCUUUUUUAAAAAAAAACAAGAAAAAUACCAUCACGUUAUAUAAUAAAAUAAUUUUUAAAAAAAAGCCCGUAUAAAGAUAUGUUAAUAUUAUACUGUAGAGAUUUCACCACGUUAAAUAAAAAUGCAAAGAAGAUUUGUUAAUCGUAUUUGGCCUUGAUACGUCUCAAUAUUAAAUUUUACGUUAUUUCUGGUAAUUCUUCGAGUGAGAUACGUUUAUGUAUAACUGUAUAAGUAAAUACAUUGCAAUAAACAGUAGCAGUUACAAAAUUUUACGGAAUUCUGAAUUAUUUAAAACGAGAAUAAUAUUAUUUGAGGGGCAUUCACUUUUCAGAAUUGUAUAAAUACUAGCUGUUCCACCCGGUUUUGUCUGUAUAAUAAAAUUGUUUUUGUUUUUAUUUCAUCCGGAUCACUAUACGUUGUAUGCUCCCGCCCCAAUAACAGUUAACCCUCGUACCACGUUGAUCGUAUCAAAUUAAAUGCCUAUGAUAAUCCCCUUUCCCCUCCCGGGCAACCACUCCAACACUUUCUUUUUCUCUUCUCACUCUCUCCUGUCCUUCAAUAAAACCCAAUUUACUUAAAAAGUUGAAAGUUGAAUGCAACAGGAAAAUAUUUUUCUGUGUAAGUCAUCCUUUAGGUAAAAAUCUAAUAAACCAAAUUAUGUACAAAUAAUAAUUACUAAUAUUAGUAGGUAAGUGUAUAAAAUAGUAAAAGUACAGUAAAAACUGUUGUAAAAUAUUAUUAUCGCAAUAUUCGGAAUUCGAAAGAAACCGAGACUGCUAGACAGAAAUUCAAAAUCUUGGGAAUCAAGUAAAUUUAAUGCAUUGAUUUACAAAUGUUUCUAUUUUAAUGAAAAUGUAAUGUAUAUAUAUAUAUAUUUUUCGUUUGUUUUGUAUUACUAUAUUAAAACCGUUUUUAAAUUGUUAGGGAUUAUUCCGGAUGCCAUACAAACAGAAUGUGCUAAAUGUAACGAGCAGCAGAAAAAACAGGCAGGCAGAGUUUUGGCUUAUUUACUGAAUAAAAAACCAGAUUUGUUCCAAAUGUUAAUAAAACGAUUCGAUCCAGACGACAUUCAUUUGAGAAAGUAUAUGGCAGACGAAAAUGAAAACGAAGAAGACCGAAAAUUAGUUCCACAAAAGCUUACCAACGACACUAUUGUAAACAACACUUGAAUAAUAAUUAUUGCUAUUGGUCUACAUAGUAAAACUAUUAUUUUAUUCGUGAUGUUUUAUUUUUAUUUUGUAAUGAAUUCGUAAAUAAUGUGUGUUACUUAUGAAUUUAAAAAUAUGUUAUUGAAGAUUUUUUAAAAUGUAACUAUAGUUACUUAUUUUUUUUUUAUGUGUCUUCAUUUUAUAAUUAUGUUUUAUUAUAUUCCCAGUAUUCCUUUAUUGUUGUAACAUGUUGAAUAGUUUAUAUUAUUAUUACAUAGUAAUGUUAAAAUAUAAAAACGAAAAAAUUGCUAUUUGCCUAUAUUUAAUAGGUAUCUAUAUAUUUUUAUUUAAAUUAAUU